GUCUUCACAUGUGUCACACCACCUCACAAGCUUAUCCGUAAAUUUCGUAUGUUUACAACGGUUAUUCUUAAAAGCUUCAAAACCACGUACGAUAAUCCCUUUUCCGUGUUCUAUUUACGUUUUCCAUUUUUGUUUUCAACCAUGAAUCGAUGAUAGCAACCUUCACAAACAUUUUCUCAAUGUUUUUGUUCAAACACUUUGUUUCAUAAUCAACAAAUUCAGCACUUGAUUUUAUGGCGGCCAUUGAAGCAUUUUCAAAGAGUUUGCUUCAAGAAGUGCAUAAAUGGGGUUGUUUGAAGCAAACUGGUGUGAGUUUGAGGUAUAUGAUGGAAUUUGGUUCACAACCUACUGAUAAGAAUUUGUUGAUUUCUGCACAGUUUCUUCAAAAGGAACUUGCUAUUAGAAUUGCUAGACGAGCUAUUGAACUUGAGAGUCUUCCUUAUGGUUUGUCAAAAAAACCUGCUAUCUUAAAGGUUAGGGAUUGGUAUGUGGAUUCAUUCCGCGAUAUUAGAUCCUGCCCUGAGGUCAAGGAUAUGAAGGAUGAAAGAGAGUUCACUGACGUUAUCAAAGCCAUCAAAGUGAGACACAACAAUGUGGUACCGACAAUGGCUUUGGGUGUUCAGCAAUUGAAAAAAGAGUUGAAAACAAAGAUUGAUAGUGAAGAUCUUGUUGAGAUUCAUGAGUUCCUUGAUCGCUUUUACUUGUCAAGAAUUGGAGUCCGAAUGCUUAUAGGGCAACAUGUCGAGUUGCACAAUCCCAACCCUCCUCCCCAUGUGGUUGGUUAUAUACAUACAAAAAUGUCUCCUGUGUCGGUGGCAAGGAAUGCUAGUGAGGAUGCACGCUCUAUAUGUAUGCGUGAAUAUGGAAGUGCACCUGAAAUCAAUAUUUAUGGGGAUCCUGAUUUCACUUUUCCGUAUGUUCCAGCUCACUUGCAUCUUAUGGUAUUCGAGUUGGUUAAGAACUCGCUACGUGCUGUCCAAGAGCGUUAUAUGGAUUCUGACAAAGUUUCACCUCCCAUAAGAAUAAUAGUUGCUGAUGGAUUAGAGGAUGUUACCAUAAAGAUAUCUGACGAGGGAGGUGGAAUUCCAAGAAGUGGUCUGCCGAAAAUCUUUACAUAUCUGUACAGUACUGCCAGAAACCCAUUGGAUGAGCAUGCAGAUCUUGGAGUAGCUGAUAGUGUGACAACAAUGGCUGGAUAUGGAUAUGGUCUUCCUAUUAGUCGUUUAUAUGCUCGGUACUUUGGAGGUGAUCUUCAAAUAAUCUCCAUGGAAGGAUAUGGGACUGAUGCAUAUCUCCAUUUGUCUCGUUUGGGGGAUUCACAAGAACCUUUGCCCUGAAGAUCGAUUAUAUCGUUUUCAGCCACACUCAAGAAUUGUGGAGAAUAACUCAAAGUAACAUUGAAUUCGUAAAAACAUGUAGAAAAUGACUGCUGUCAAUUUUUUUUCAUACUCUAUUAACUCGACAGAUUAUGUGUAUAUAUUUAAUUCAUGCAUAAGAUUGUGUAUGGUGUUUAAUGCUCCUUUCUUUGCCAUUGCAUCAGCUUUGGAAAAUUGGUAUUUUCAUUGUUUAGGCUGAA